AGAUCUCUGAGAUCUCCGCCUCGCUCGCACGGGAUUGACGAUCCGUCCGACCAAUAGGAGACGCUCAGUCGGCGGGUGGAUGAACGCGGCCCUCUGUAAUGGCGGAGCGUGGCGGGGACGGGGGGGACGGUGAGCGAUUCAACCCGGGGGAGCUCAGGAUGGCUCAACAGCAGGCCUUGAGGUUCCGAGGCCCAGCUCCCCCACCAAAUGCAGUGAUGCGAGGCCCACCACCUCUUAUGCGACCUCCUCCACCUUUUGGUAUGAUGCGAGGCCCUCCACCACCACCUCGGCCCCCUUUUGGACGUCCUCCUUUUGAUCCUAAUAUGCCGCCAAUGCCUCCUCCAGGAGGGAUUCCUCCACCUAUGGGCCCUCCGCACCUCCAGAGACCACCUUUUAUGCCUCCACCCAUGGGAACCAUGCCGCCUCCUCCGGGUAUGAUGUUUCCACCAGGAAUGCCUCCUGUGACUGCUCCUGGUACUCCAGCACUGCCUCCUACUGAGGAGAUAUGGGUUGAAAAUAAAACUCCAGAUGGGAAGGUUUAUUAUUAUAAUGCUCGGACACGUGAAUCUGCAUGGACCAAACCAGAUGGAGUUAAGGUUAUUCAGCAGUCAGAACUGACACCUAUGCUUGCAGCCCAGGCUCAGGUUCAGGCCCAAGCCCAGGCGCAGGCCCAGGCCCAGGCCCAGGCGCAGGCUCAGGCGCAGGCACAAGCACAAGCUCAAGCGCAGGCCCAGGCGCAGGCCCAGGCUCAGGCACAAGCACAGGCUCAGGCGCAGGCCCAGGCGCAGGCCCAGGUGCAGGCACAAGUACAAGCACAAGCAGUAGGAGCUUCCACCCCUACAACCAGUAGCCCAGCACCUGCAGUGUCCACUUCAACAUCAUCAUCCACCCCAUCCUCUACCACUUCUACCACAACAACUGCCUCUUCGGUUUCGCAGACAGUAUCAACACCCACAACACAAGAUCAGACCCCAAGUUCUGCUGUUUCAGUUGCCACGCCUACAGUUAGUGUUUCAACUCCUGCUCCUACAGCCACACCUGUGCAAACUGUUCCCCAGCCGCAUCCCCAGACGUUACCUCCUGCUGUUCCUCAUUCAGUACCUCAGCCGGCAGCAGCAAUACCUGCUUUUCCACCAGUAAUGGUACCUCCGUUUCGUGUUCCCCUUCCUGGCAUGCCAAUUCCACUUCCAGGUGUAGCAAUGAUGCAAAUAGUCAGCUGCCCGUAUGUAAAGACAGUCGCUACCACCAAGACCGGUGUGUUGCCAGGCAUGGCCCCUCCUAUCGUACCUAUGAUACACCCCCAGGUUGCUAUUGCAGCUUCCCCUGCUACCUUAGCUGGAGCGACGGCAGUUUCUGAGUGGACUGAGUAUAAAACAGCAGAUGGAAAGACAUAUUACUAUAAUAAUAGAACGUUAGAAUCAACCUGGGAAAAACCCCAAGAGCUGAAGGAAAAAGAAAAAUUAGAGGAGAAGAUUAAAGAGCCAAUUAAAGAACCUUCUGAAGAACCUCUGCCAAUGGAGACGGAGGAGGAGGACCCUAAAGAAGAGCCGAUAAAGGAGAUAAAGGAGGAGCCCAAAGAGGAGGAGAUGACUGAAGAAGAAAAGGCUGCCCAGAAGGCGAAGCCAGUAGCUACUACCCCUAUUCCUGGUACUCCAUGGUGUGUUGUUUGGACUGGUGAUGAGCGGGUCUUCUUCUAUAAUCCUACCACCCGUCUUUCCAUGUGGGACCGACCUGAUGAUCUGAUUGGAAGGGCAGAUGUUGACAAAAUUAUUCAGGAGCCGCCUCAUAAAAAAGGAAUGGAAGAAGUGAAGAAACUAAGACACCCGACCCCCACAAUGCUGUCCAUCCAAAAAUGGCAAUUCUCUAUGAGUGCAAUUAAAGAAGAACAAGAAUUAAUGGAGGAACUUAAUGAAGAUGAACCUGUUAAAGCCAAAAAACGAAAGAGAAUGUCAAAGAAGUCCUUUAUGUGGAUUGCCCGAGCUUCUCUAUUUAGGAGAGACGAUAAUAAAGACAUUGAUUCAGAGAAAGAGGCUGCGAUGGAAGCUGAAAUUAAAGCUGCCCGAGAAAGGGCCAUUGUCCCUCUGGAGGCCCGAAUGAAGCAGUUCAAGGACAUGCUGCUAGAGAGAGGGGUGUCUGCUUUUUCAACAUGGGAGAAGGAGUUGCACAAGAUAGUUUUUGAUCCUCGGUACUUACUUCUCAAUCCUAAAGAGAGAAAACAGGUAUUUGAUCAGUAUGUAAAGACGAGGGCAGAGGAAGAACGCAGGGAAAAGAAAAACAAAAUAAUGCAAGCCAAGGAAGAUUUCAAAAAAAUGAUGGAAGAAGCAAAAUUUAAUCCAAGAGCUACUUUUAGUGAAUUUGCAGCCAAGCAUGCUAAAGAUUCAAGAUUCAAAGCAAUCGAAAAGAUGAAAGAUCGAGAAGCCUUGUUUAAUGAAUUUGUGGCAGCUGCAAGGAAGAAAGAGAAAGAAGAUUCGAAGACCAGAGGUGAGAAGAUUAAAUCGGAUUUCUUUGAACUGUUAUCUAAUCAUCACUUGGACAGUCAGUCUCGAUGGAGCAAAGUGAAAGACAAAGUAGAGAGUGAUCCACGUUACAAAGCAGUGGACAGUUCAUCAAUGAGAGAAGACCUUUUCAAACAGUAUAUUGAAAAAAUAGCCAAGAAUUUAGACUCAGAAAAAGAAAAGGAGCUUGAAAGGCAAGCCCGCAUUGAGGCAAGUCUUCGAGAACGAGAAAGAGAGGUUCAAAAGGCUCGUUCAGAACAAACAAAAGAAAUAGAUCGAGAGAGAGAGCAACACAAACGAGAAGAAGCUAUCCAGAAUUUCAAGGCUCUUUUGUCUGACAUGGUACGUUCUUCAGAUGUGUCAUGGUCUGAUACUCGGAGGACUCUGCGGAAAGAUCACCGUUGGGAAUCUGGAUCCUUGUUGGAAAGAGAGGAGAAAGAGAAGCUUUUUAAUGAACACAUUGAAGCACUUACCAAAAAGAAGAGGGAGCACUUUAGGCAACUUCUGGAUGAAACUUCUGCAAUUACCUUAACAUCCACAUGGAAAGAAGUAAAAAAAAUCAUUAAAGAAGAUCCUCGGUGCAUUAAGUUCUCCUCCAGUGACAGGAAAAAACAAAGAGAAUUUGAAGAAUACAUCAGAGACAAAUACAUCACAGCCAAAGCUGACUUCAGGACGCUUUUGAAAGAGACCAAAUUUAUAACCUAUAGAUCCAAAAAGCUAAUCCAGGAAUCUGAUCAGCACCUGAAAGAUGUAGAAAAAAUCUUACAGAACGACAAACGGUAUCUAGUACUAGACUGUGUGCCCGAGGAGAGGCGUAAACUGAUUGUGGCAUAUGUGGACGACCUGGACCGCCGGGGUCCACCCCCGCCUCCCACAGCGUCAGAGCCCACGAGACGAUCAACAAAAUAAUUCUCAGUACUCUUCCACAGGGGGAUCUUCAUUCAAAACGCUUGCAUGAGCCAAUUUUCAGGUUUUUACAUGUAUGUGCAUUAGUCAAACUAUUGCAGAACCAUCUGACGAACAGAAGGAGAAGCAUUCGUGAACCGUUUCUGAACAGAGAACACUUUGGAAAUAAUUUAUGCUUUUCUUUGUGUGGCAUGACUGACAUACAUACUCAGAUAUAGGCUGUCUCUAGUAAAUCUAAAAUCUCAAAGCUAAAAAUCAUCCUUUUAUGAGGUGUGGAAGUCAGUGACUUUUGGUGACGUUCUUUCUAGCAGUGUUAAACAUGCAAGACGUAAGAGCAUUUGUGGUUUGAACUUGAAAGAUGCAAAUACCACAGACUCCAAGAAAACCUAAGUUGGGGGUGGUUUUGAUUUUGUUUUUUAAAGCGGGUUUAAAGAGAAAACACUGAAAAUUGAAUUCUUAUCUUCCAGAGGCUAAGAUUAUUAUAAUGGACAUACUUUUACCUUUGUCUCUAAAGAACACUUUAGUUUUGUUUGUUCACUUAUGUGCUUUGAUUAUCCCCUCAGAAUUAGAGGCCAAGUCUUGUUGUUUAGCCUAAGAGAAGAUUUAUUUAGUAAUUUCUUCUCAGGUAUGGAACCACGGUCAUAACUAACAUGUUGGCCAGAAUAGGACUGCUGGUUAAACACAUUUUAUUUACCAUUAAGUGAUCUUUAUCAAUAUUCUGGAUUAGACAACAAAUUACCUUUCUUGGGUGUUCCCUGUAAACUAUACUCCUGUUUGAAUGUUAAACUUUUGUUUCUAAAGUUUAAUUUUAAGAUGUUUGAAUGUUCAGUUUAUGUAUUUGAACUACAAUAAACCAACCCUUUUUAUAUAUGUGGAUUGUAUAUGAUUAUUGUUAAAAGAAUUUAUUAAAAAAAAAAACUUCUUUUAAACCUGUUCUUAAAAGCAGUAGCAAAUGUAAUUUGGCACAAAGCAAGUUGACUUUACAUCUUAAAUAUUACAUAGUUUUUAAAGGCUUGAAUAUAAUAAAUUAAUUGAGUAUAAAAGGGAAGGAAUGUAAAGAACCAUUUUGGUGCUCAGUCUCUUAGCAAUAUCUUAUUGCUUCAUAGCAAGAAGAUGUGGAUUUGUUUGUUUGUUCUCUUGUUUUUGUCUUUUAUGUUACCAUUUGGCUGAUUGAUGCCUUCUUGGCAUCCUUUCAGUGUGUCCUGCACAUCAUACCAUGACACCCACCUUUGACCCCUACUUGCUUUUUCUAGCUGUACCUCCCCAGUUUAAAGACUCCUCUGUCUCAUUCCUUCAUAGAUUUCUCAUUUCAGAAUACCACAUAAAUGCUUCAGAAAAACACGUUAAUUGGAUAAUUUAUUUUCCCUGUUAUCUCACACCAGCUGUGAAUGCUUUUAACAAAACAUAAAAUGAGGAAGAACCAACAUCUGUAUUUGUAUGUCACGUGCACACAGACAUGCAGCACAUGGAUGCACAGACUCGUUCACAUUUACAUCACUUAGUACUUAGCUUAAGUAUGUUAAGUGCCACAGAAAUUGUGUAUGUAGGAAACUGGAAUUACCUAAGAUCUUAACCUCUGCAACUGAAAAUUAACAAGAUAUUUUUUUUCCCUUUUUUCGAAGGUCAUUUUUAUAAUUCCAUUGAGUGGCUUUUAAGUUCUGUGAGGAAUAAAACUGCAGUGUUUGCCAAAAGGAACACAACUAUUAUAGGAAUAUAACCUACAAAGUAAACCGUCUAGAAUGUUUUGUUUUAUUUUUCUGAAUUCCACAUAGUACUGUUUGUCCACUCACUACUUUCUGUUUCUCGCAGUUGAAAAGCGUGGGGAAAAAGAUGGCUUGGUGAUACCUAUUCUAAUUUCCUACUUCUGUUGUAAAGUAUUUGGGAUUGAUUAUUCAUUUAAGGUGCAAAUCAAACUUUACUAUGCAGAUUUCUUUAAAAGAUCAAGUCAGGACUGUGUAUUAAGUUCUUAAUGAAAAGGUCAUUGUAAUUACACUGUGUCUCAAAAUGUCCAUCUUGACUUGGCACUUAACAGCAAACUCCUUAAAAAUACUUGAUUCAGUUAUCCUGAGACCUGUAUCAGUGUUAAGGUCUGACCUCCCCAUAAAGCCCCAUUGUGCCAAAUGAUGAUUUUGAAAGGAGCAUUCAAGACAAAGACAGCUUUUUAAGUUUCCGAAACUAUCUGAAAUAAAGCAAUUGUUUUUAUUUGUUUACAACUUAAAAUGCCAAACACUGGAAGCUUACAUCCAACAUUUAGUAUAUAUAAUGAACAGUCUUUAAUUCAAAUAGUUCAUCACAGACAAUUUAAAAAGUACUCCCUUUGUAUAACUAUUGUCUCACAAAACAAUAUUUGGAUAUUUGGGUUAAAUUGUACUUUGUGAUCUUGUGAGCCUUAAAAUAAAAUUUGUAAUGAACCAA